AUGAAUAACAUACCAGCAGAAGUUAUUGCAUCGUCGGUCCCGUUCCGAUUCCUCGUCGGGCCCAACCGGCGAGAGUUCACUGUACACUCUGCUCUCCUAUCAUACCUGUCUCCCGUCCUUGAUAAACUGGUAAACGGAAGUUUCUCUGAAGCUGCUGAAAAAUGCGUCACUUGGGACUCUGUAGAUGAAGACACAUUCGUCAGAUUUUGGCAGUACGCUUAUACGGGGAAAUAUACCGUUGAUCUCUCGAUAACUGGACUUCAAUCGGAACCCCAAGCCGCUCAGGAAGCUGAGAAACGGACCGCCCAAGAAGCGAUAGAAGCCGCCACAGUCGCCAAAGAAGAGAAGGAAAUCGUACAGCUUAUUGUCAAGAGGGACAAUACCCUACGGGCCCUGUCAAGCAAGGAUGAGAGGAGGCUGAUUGAGCUUCAGACCAAGGCCGCAAGGAGAGCCGCUCGCGAGGCCGAGAGGCGCGCUGAAAUUGCCGAAGAGGAGGAGGAUUUAGCGGAAUUACUACGGAUGCAAGACAGGAGACCUGUACUGUUAGCAGAGGAUCGUGAGCGGCUGGUUCACCUCUUGGAGAAGCAAGCAUCCCGGAAAAGAGAGGGACUGGUCGCGAGCGAAACCAAAGGCGAGACUCCGUCUGGAGAGUUGACCAUCCGUGAGGCUCAGUGGGAUGCAUUCAAACGCCAGGGAACUUUUGCCUCUUCCGGCACAUCGUCUGUCACUGGUUCUUCAAAAGGAGCACCGGCCAGAAGCAACCAGGCGCAUGAGGAUUACACAAGCACGUUCCUCUCUCAUGCGCGACUAUACGUUUUCGCAGAAUGCUACGGCAUUACCGGCUUAAUGGAGCUUUCGCUAAAUGGAUUACACGGCGCCUUGGUAACGUUUACGCUAUAUGAACAAAGGGUCAACGAUGUAGUAAUGCUAGUGCAGUACUGCUAUGAUAAUUUGGUUCCGGAAGCUUUGAGAGAGAUGAUUACUCUAUAUGCGGUCUGCAAGAUUGAGAAGCUGUGGGUGAGCGAGGAGUUUCAGGCACUCGUGGAGGCUCAUGGGGAGCUAUCGAGGUCUUUGAUUGGGCACAUGGUGAAGGCGUUGUGA